ACAAAGAGCACAACAGUCAGCAACGAGAAAAGUUCCUAAUAUACCAGUUCUGACGUGGGACACCUUUCUUACCAAUGCCUUUAAUGCAUCAACAUCCCUUGAUACAAGCAACCGUAUAUUUAGCUCUGUUGUUGAUAUAUUCUUGAAAAUGAUGGAAUCUAUCAACAAUAAAAGAUUAAUCCUUUUACAAAGACCAGAAAGUUGGGGCAAGUGUUAUAUGUUUCAACGAGUUAAAGGUCGACCAGACGUUAUACGCUGUAGCGCCGAUAAUAAAAAACUCUCGAAUAAUUUGCAAGCUUCUCAGAUACUUUCAGCAGUCGAAAUUAAACCAUAA